CACCUGACAGAGCUGAACUUCACAGGAGUGUCUAAGGGAAGCAGAUCAGUCCUCAUGAGAACGCCUCUAAUUUUCCUGCUCCUGUAUGUGGGAGCGAUGGGUUUUGGCAUUAUGUGUUCAGCGGUGCAGAGUCAAACCUGUGGAACGAGUGCUGAACUUACAGCAGAACAAUGCACUGAUUUGGACGGUCCCACGCAGAGCUUCCUGACGUGUGCAGGCGUCUCAUCAGAGCCUGAUGCAGACCACAUCCUGAACCUGAAGGGACUCAUCAGCGCCACUCUGGACAUCUAUUCCUUCAUGCGCUCCAGUGUGGCCGGCGUGCCGGUCGUGGAUUUGUCGGGAGGCAUCAGUAUGAAUGAGGAUCACAUGAUCAGAGCGUGGCUGGACAUCAAACUCACUCCUCUGCUGUCGUCCAUCUCCAGAAACUUCCUCACAUGCCUCAGCAACAGAAACUUCAGCUGCAGUGCCUACCAUACUGUUGUGAAGGAGUUGAGUCAGCAUUUCUCCGGUCUGGAUCCAGUGCGACAGAAGUGGAUCUAUGCUUUCUUCAUGUACCCGUUUCUCUCUAGAAACACAUCCUCAGGUUGUGUAGAUCCAGAGGACAGCACUGAGGACUGGCUCAUGAAGAACUUCGGCUCAUUCUCGGUCAUGGCUCAAGUGCGAGACUUCACAUCCAUCAACAUGCUCUUCAGCGGGCUGGAGGUUUUGCACCUCUUGAGUCCAGAACAGAAGGCAGAGCUUCUCCUUCAUCCCGAGGUGGUGGGCUUGACGAACAGCUCCCUCGGCCUGGUGUUUCAGAGUUUGCUUUCCUCUCUGUUGCCCUCUGAGGACCCAUGGCCUUCCAACAAUGGCACAGCAUAUUAUAUGAGCACCGUUCCAUCUGCCUCACCUCAGGACCCUCUUGGACAGGCACUGAAUGGAUUAAUGACGGCAUUUAGUCCUGUCGGGAGUUUUGUUAGACAGUUUGUGUCCUUGACGAAGCCGCAAAACUUGAGCAGCAUGCGGAGCACCACACUGGUGCAGGCCAUGAUCAACCUGACACUCGCCGAGCUCGCCGCUCCGUUCAAGCAGAAUUCCAGCCAGCAGCUGGUCACAUUUGACCCCAUGAACAUUAAUGACUGGUUCACGCAUGUGGUUUCUCCCAUACUCCGGCGAUUUCUUCCUCCCGGCCAGAUAGAAAUCCACCCAAACCUCACGGCUGUCUUCCAUAACCAGUUCUACAUUGAGACGGGAAUGGGAACUGGAGCCCAGAAUGAAAGUCAGGACAUCUGCAGUGUCUUUAUUGAUAAUAGAACGUGUGGGCUGACGGACCUGGUGGAACAUGUGGCCACAGUCCUGCACUGCGCAGCACGCUCAAACCUCACGCUCAAUGAGGAGAUGCUCUCGAAUGUCGUCCUGCAUCUCUCCCAGAAUCUCAACGCUCUGCUGCAGCAGCUCUCCAUGACUAACUUCAGUUCCCAGAGUUCCCCCUUCAGUGACAUCCUGGACCAAAUGGUUCAUGACACCUUCACGAUGAGCAACUUGCAGGAUGAGUCGUUUGUAAGAUUAUGGUUCCAGAUCAAGUUAAAGCCUCUUCUCUCCACACUGACUCCAGAAUAUCUCACGUGCCUCAGUCACAAAGAGUUCAGCUGCCAGACCUUCCAGAUACUUGUUUCAGAACUCAGCGACAACAUGCUCCUGAUGUCAGAACAAGGUGUGCAGGAUGUUUAUCAGUAUUUCAUCAGAUCCUUCCUGAGCCUACAAAAUGUUUCAGGUGGCUGCCCUGCGGAGAACAGCAGCAUCUGGGUUACUCUGAAUCUUGGUGGAUUUUCAAAGUUUGCAACACUGAGGGAAAUGUACCAGCUGAACCAAGACUUCAGCGCUAUAGAUGCAUUGGUGGUUCUCUCCCCCAGACAGACAGCUGAACUCAUAGUUGAGGAUUUUGCAGGUCUGCCAGUGAAAAGUAUCAUCAUAAACAUAGUUUUUGAUCAUAUCCUGGUUUCUCCUGAAGACCGUGGUCUAGUUGAGAUGCUUGGAUAUCUCAUCAUGCUCGCUGGCCAGAUGGGUUUGGAGUGCUCGUCAUACCAGCAGAUGGUUCAGAGGCUGCAGGGAUCUGUGGUUCCUCCACACAUAAUGCAACACAUCAAGGACUACAUGAGUCAGCUGGAACAGAUGGCACCUCCUGGCUGUUUUCCUCCACCUGUUACGUGUAUUUCAACAUCAAUCAAUGAAUCCUCUAUUUGUAAUGGAAUCAGCAGUAACGAGACUCUCCUGUCCGCUGGACUUGUGAGCGCCCCCUGUAGUGUGGACCUGCAGCAGUACGCUUGCUCUUCGAUCACAGGCUUCACUGCUGGAAACCUGGCUGGACUCCUGAUGUGUCAACUAUCCAGCAGCAGCAGUUACUCCAAGGAGAUCUGGAAACUGCUUUUCACCAAAGCAAAUGAUGUUCUGGACGGAGCCCUCGUCAUCUUCUCCAGUGCAGCAGCAAAUAUGUCUCAGCCAAUCAGAGGUGAAGUCGUGUCCCAAGUGCUGGAUGUGAUUGCAGAGUUGAGACUGGAGCGCAUCAGUCCUGACCAAUGGAGAGACCUCCCUUUCAUCAGCAAGUUGUUGGGUCAAUAUCUGAAGCCAUUUUUACCGUUUGCGUCAUCAUCCCUACUGCAGUGCACUAGCAGCAAAAACCUCAGCUGCCAAACUUACCAGCACAUUCUGUCAGAGGUCACACUCGUCAAUCAGUCUCAAGGAAGAAACAUGGUGAGCUUCUUCAUCCUGCCCUUCCUCAGAAGAAACACAACAGAUGCGGGCUGUGUGACGACUGCUAACAACAGUGUUGAGUGGCUGCAGAAGAACUUUGGCCCGUUCUCUCAGUAUGUGUCUCUCAAAGAUCUGCUCCCCAUCAACAGACUCUUCGAUCCCUUGGAGACCCUGGACGAUCUCACUCCAAAGCAGGUGGCUGGACUGAUGGUUGACGAUCUACCUGGUCUUCCAGAGCAGGAAGUCGUCAUCAAUACAGUGUUUGAUCAUCUGCUUGUGUCUCCUGUGGAGCGAGGACUUCCUGAUGUUCUUCAAAACCUUCUCUCAAUCUCACGGAUGACCAUUAUUCCGUGCAGCUCCUACAUACUGAUAUUCCAGAGGCUGUUUCAGGCUUUACCUUCCCUGCCGACAGAGAUGGAGACUGUGGUCUUCCACACAACUGGAGAACUCAAGCAGAAUGGAGCAAGAGACUGCUCACUUCCUGAACCUCCAACAUGUCUGGUCACUCCUGUGAAUGCUACCAGAGUUUGUUCAGGAGUCAACAGUAACGAGACUCUCCUGUCCGCUGGACUCGUGAGCGCCCCCUGUAGUGUGGACCUGCAGCAGUACGCUUGCUCUUCGUUUGGCCCGUUCUCUCAGUAUGUGUCUCUCAAAGAUCUGCUCUCCAUCAACGGACUCUUCGAUCCCUUUGAGACUCUGAACAAUCUCACUCCAGAGCAGAUGGUUGGACUGAUUGUUAAUACUCAACCUGGUGUGUCACAGAAUGUCGUCAUCAAUACAGUGUUUGAUCAUCUGCUUGUGUCUCCUGUGGAGCGAGGACUUCCUGAUGUUCUUGAGCUCUUGUAUGUUUUCUCCACAACGAGUCCACUCAGCUGUCAAACCAACCAGAUAAUCUUCACGAGGCUGGAGCAGAUCUUGAGCUCAGGAGCGGGUGAUCUGGAGCCUGUCAUCUGGGCGAGCGUUUAUAAGUUCAGCCGCACGGCUCCUGCAGACUGCGCUCUUCUCCCAGUCGUGAAUGAGUGUGCCGUGACUCCAUUCAACGAGACUCGGGUGUGCAGUGGAGUGGACAGUUCUGCAGCACAGCAGUGCUUGAACGAAGGACGGGUUUGUGGCUUCAGUAUUGCAGCACAUGCAUGCGCCCCGGUGCUGAAUGUGAGCGUGGAGUAUCUGGUCACACUACUGAACUCUCACCUGUCUGAUGAUGACAUGAGCUCAGCUGAGAGCUGGAAACUCUUCCUGACCAGAGUCUCACACCUGCUGGACAUCGCCCUCGAGCAGCUCUCCAACCAGUCGGUGUGGAGGAGCAGCAGCUCUGCUUCAGUGGUGCUGGACGUCCUGCGGGAGCUGCGGCUGGACAGAUUCUCAGAUGAGAGCGCCUCUGCGCUGUGGCUUGAUGAACACCUGCGAGCGUUCCUGCCGAGCGCCUCCGGGACCUUCCUGCAGUGCCUGCGCAGCCAGAACCUCAGCUGCCAGAGCUUCCAGACAGUGGUUGGAGCGUUCGAUGCAGGAUUUUUCCAUAUGAAUGAUGUUCAGCGCCGAAUAACCGUGUCACACUUCAUCGUGCCGUUCCUCUCGAGAGCAGGUGCGGCGUGUGUGUCCGACGACAGCUCUCAGUGGCUCAUCAGUAACUUCGGCCAGUUCUCUGCUCUCCUUCCUCUGAAUCAGCUGAUCUCGCUCAACCCACAGUUCAACCCGAUGAGCGGCCUGCUCUAUCUCUCUCCAGAGCAGCUGGUCGGGCUGAUGUUUGAUGAUGUUCCUGGGCUUCCAGAGAAAAGUGUGGUCAUCAAUGCCGUGUUCGAUCACCUGACUGCGUCUCCACAGAAAGAGAGGAUCCUCUCCACGCUUCCCAUCAUGGUGGAGUCAUCAAAGAGGAGGAACGUCUCCUGCGCGUCAUAUCAGAUCAUCUUCCACCGUCUGGAUCAUCUGAUGGUCAGCGUGCCAGUGGAUCUGGAGCCAGUGAUUCUGAGGAGUAAAUCAGCUCUUCUUCAGAACGUCCCGCAGGGUUGUGUGAGCUCCAGCGGACAGUGUGGCAUCACACCAGUGAACGAAACGACAGUUUGCAGGAGCAGCAACAGCUCUGGUCUGUCGGCUUAUCUCGGCUCGUCUCAUGAUGGCAGUCGGCUCUGUGAAUUCAGCAUCACACAGUACGCUUGUGCAGAGUUGACAGAUCUGAGCUCGCAGCACCUGGCGACGGUGUUGUCAUGCGGUCUCAACGGGAAUGAGAGCGUGUCCGAGGAGGCGUGGAAACUCUUCACGCAAAAGGUCAACCCGGUGCUGGGACCAGCGCUCGACCUGCUCGCCCACACGAGGCUGAAUAAGUCCCGCCCCAUUGUGUCAUUCUUGAAUGUGAUUGGAGAAGUCACUCUGAGCUCCUUCAGCUCCACCAAUCUGAGAGAUGAUUCGUUCAUCCAGCGCUGGUUUAACUUCAGGCUCCGUCCAUUUUUACCCUACGCCUCCGAGACGUUCCUGUCCUGUCUGUUAUUUGGUCUCUUUCACAGUGUCGGGAGCUUCAGUCAGAGUUUUGACGUCAUGUCCACCGAUACACAAGCUAAUGUCUACGUUGACUUCAUCAAAGUCUUCCUCUCGCAGAACAGCACUGCAGGGUGUGUGAACGUCUCUCAGAGCAGCUCUGAUUGGCUGAUCAGCAGCUUUGGACGUUUCUCUGUUUUCACCACAGUCACCGUCCUGCAGAUGCUCAACCCCAGCUUCAAUGUGUUGGACACUCUGAGUCUGUUGAACCUGAGGCAGUUAGUGGAGGUUUCCAGCACUCCUGGAUUCCUGUCCAGCGCUGCUGCAGUUAAUAAUCUGCUGCUCUAUGUGCCGGACGCUCAGAUCACUGUGUUCUUCUUAUCCCUCUCCGCUACGCUACAGACGCAGGGCGUUGUUCUCCCAUCCCCCGUGCAGGAGGCGUUUCUGCAGCAGGUGUUUAACAGGGCCAAUCUGACCACGUCAUCAGACGCUGAUCUGCAGAUCUGGAUCCUGAACAUACUGCCGUCCUUCAUAGCCAACAUCACUGUCCAACACGUGACGUCCUACUUCAGCGUCAUCCUGCAGCGACCCUGUCCCAUCAGCCAGCAGGCGGUGCAGCUGUUGAACUCGUCCAGCUCCACCUUCCAGCCGGCGACACAAGAUCAGAUCUACCAGCUGAUCCUCGGCUCUCUCACAGGCCCCGCCCCACUGCACUGCUAUGCUAACCAGAGCUACUACGCUUUCCUGACGUCCUCCUUCAUGAGCUUCCAGUUCCCCAAUCUGACCACCUUCCUGUCGCUGAUGCCGCCGGCUCACGUGCCAGAGCUGAUGGAGUCGGUGUCUCCAGCGGAGGUCAGCAGUCUCCUGAACCGGCCCAACGCUGUGGACGAUGUUGCCCAAAUCUGCCAGCUUUUCAGAAUCUACCCAAAGACGCCCCAGUACUUACAGACGGAGCCGCUGUUGCCUGUGGGUUUGGCCCGGCAGGUGUUGUCCUGCAUCUGGCCUCGGGUUCUGAAGGUGGACGUCCAGUCUGAAGUGAAUCAGUGGUUUGAUCUUCGACUGGUUCAGUACCUGCCUCUCCUCACCUCACAGUUCAUCGCUCCAGAUGUCAUGCUAAACGCCUCCUGUCUCUCCUUCAAGAAGUUUGUUUCAGCGAUGGCUAAAUACAACUACAGUGCAGCCGAGUUUUCUCCGAGCGACAUCUACAGUUCCAUCCUGGUCUACCUCAACACCUCUUCAGGUUCAACUCCUAAAUGCUAUUACACCUCCAACCCGGAUCUCAACUCCACCACCUGGUUCACAGACUACAUCUCCGUCUUCUUGAGCUUCAUCACACUGGACGACCUCCUCCAGUUUGGCUCCAUUCAGCCGUUCCUCGUGAACCUGGAUAACCUGCAGCUCUUCGCUCAGACCAGCGUUCCUGAUGACGUGAUGGAGUAUUACGUGACUCUGCUGUUCGAGAUUAAUCCGUCCUUCAGCGCCUACUAUCUUCCUCUGAAGUUCCGCUGCUUGGCUCCUGCGAGCUCCUUCCUUCAGCUGAGUCUGGAGCAGCUGAAGAUCAUCUCAUCCGGCAUCCAUCAGAACUGCACAGAUGUUCUCCCCGAUGUGUCGGCGGCUCUGGCAAGUAAUGCGGAGGUUCUGACGGUGGACACCAUCGAGGCUCUGGGUCAGUCGUCCACGGGUUUGAGCACAGCUCAGAUCAGUGACGCCGGAGGGAAUGUGCUGCUCAACUCGCUCUCCAUGCUCAGACUCGUACUGGGCUGGAACCUUGAUCAGGCCAUGAUGAUCAUCCAAACCCUGCUGUCAUCCGGAGUUUACCAGAUUAAUAGUGUGGCCAGUCUGCUGGAUUUGGGUUCGCUGAUCAUCGGUGUUCAAUCAUCAAUCUUCAGAGUAAUCUCAGGAGAAAUCUUCCUUGAGGCAGUGAAAUCUGAACUGUUCGUGACCAGUGUCAUCGGCGCACCUGUGAUCAUCCAGCAGACCAUCGUCAGCCAGAUCAUCGCUGUCAACAGCUCGUCUGACGCCAUCAUCACAAACGUUCCUGACCUCAUGGCGACGGAAAUCCCACGCAUCUUCCUGCUGGAUGUGCCGCAGUCAUCCGCGGCUGCGCAGGUGGUCAACCGGAAGAAAUGGAAACACGAGCAGGCUGUUCUGAUCUUUGAAACCGUCACUGCACAGUUCAGCAAUCCAGAUGACAUGUCCUUCCAGGUGCUGCAGGGCUUCACCUGUUCACGAAUCCAGAGCUUCAGCACUAGUAAAGUUCUGAGUCUGAUCCGCGGCUGCAGACGACGAGUCAAUCAGACGCUCGUCCUGCAGGAGUCACAGCUGACCUGCAUGCAUCACUACAUCAAGAGCGCCGAUCUCUCUGCCUUCUCCCAGUAUCCCGCUGAAGUGCUCAUCUAUUACAACUACUCGAUGAUCGACAGAUCUCUGUGCCGCUCGUAUUUCUCGUCUCUGGGAGCGGCCGACUUCUCUGUUCUGUCCAGCACACUGUCCUUCAAGAAGCAGAUGCUCUUCAACCACGCCAGGGGCUGUCUUGGCAUCUCAGGCGUCAGCAUCAGUCGGGUUCAGCUGGAUGUUUUGGGCAGCAUGAGCUGUUUUCUGAGCAGCGAGUACAUCCAGAGCUCGGACCCGUAUGUGCUGGAGAAGCUCAAGCCGUGUGUGGAUCUAUCAGCUGAGCAGAUCUCUGCGCUGGAGAGCAUCCUGCUGGGAGGAAACACCAGCUCCGGACCCUCAGACAGCUGGGACAGAGCCACGCUGGAGAGCCUGGCCCUCCUGCCGCUGUACCUCACCGCCAACAUCUGGAGCAAAUUCACACAGGCAAACAAGCAGAGGUUUCUGAAGACCUUCAUCCGUGACCUGAGGAAGAAUGAUAAAGCCUCAGAGAAGAAGAUCCUCAACAUGAUGAAUGAGGUCAACAAAAUCUCACGAGUCAAAAUCAAGAGAUCCGCUGAAACAGCAUGUACUGUGGGACAGAUCCUGCAGGCUCAGGUGUACAGCGACAUGUUUCCGUUUGCGUAUGACGUGCCGCAGUUUAACGCCUGCCUGAGCGUCCAAACACUGAAGGACAACCUGGAGGCCGUGACCGAUAGAGUUUACGACAGGAGCUACCAGCGGAUCAUUCUGGACAAACUCAACCAGGCGUAUCCGGGCGGACUGUCUGACCAGGUGCUGCAGGUUUUAGGCUCCGCCUCCCACGUGGCCACACCCGAUGAUGUCAGAAAGUGGAACGUGAUGAAGAUCGACACGCUCUCGUCUCUGAUGAACCAACGCAAGGGAGACUGGGACCCGGAGAUGGUCCAGCUGCUGGUCAGUAAGUAUCUGAGUGUGAAUGGAAACACUCUCGGCAGCAACGAGCUGAACGCUCUGGGAGGAACGAACCUGUGUGUGCUGAACACCAGUGUGCUGAACAACAUCACAGCCGCCAGCGUGGAGCGAGCUUCUGCUCUCUCUCUGACCAGCUGCAGCUCAGAGAAGAAGUCGAUUCUGUUCAGUAUCGCUCAGAAUGCGUUCAACACAACAAACACACGCAGUACAAACCCCGUCAGCAUCACAACAUACCAGCUGCUGCAGAACUACCUCGGCGGUGCUGAUGUGACGUUCAUUCGUACUCUUGUGAACUCCACUGUGAAUAUGGACGUGCUCACAUUCAUGAAUCUGAAGCAGAGCGUCAUCAACGUGCUGAUCGUGUCUGAGGUGAAGAAUCUGCUGGGUGUGAAUGUGGCUGAUCUGAAGACGUAUGAAAGCACAGCACAGAUACAGGAGUGGAUCAGGCUUCAGCUGCAGGUGGAUCUGGACACGCUGCAGAUCGGUCUGACGGGGGGCAGGAACUCCAGCGUCACAGAAAGCACCGUCAGCACCACCGCUACAGCUAGCAGCAGCACUAAAGCACCGUCAGCCCAGACCGGCACCGCCGCCACCACAGCUGCUGGAUCCAGAGUCUGGUCACCUGUCUGUCUGCAGCUGCUCCUAUUGGCUGUUACCAUGACGACGCUGCAGCUGCUGCACUGGUGACAUCAUCAUCAUCUCUGUACUUCCCGUCUCUCGGUCUGUCGAGUAUUUAUAGAGUUUCUGCACUUUCACUUUUCAUGAACUAUUUCUGUGUGGAAUUAGUCAAAAUCUAUUUGGGUUACUGUGGUCACAUCUGACUCGUUCUUAAGAAGUUAAAGAUUCGACAAUGAAAUGCCUUUGUUAAUACAUUGUUAAAAUAAUUGAAAAACAUCUCAAUAAGUAAUAGUAAUAAACACAAGGGUUAUUGUUUGCAUGCGUGAGAGAGACAGACUGAACCCUGCGAAGCGUGAUCCAUGAACACACUGAAGCUCAGGUUACUCCAGGAGAAAAACUAAUGAAUGUAAUGUCAAACUCUGUAUGGAUAAAGCAUAAGAUAAAUAAUUGCAUGGUUGUUAUCCUGAUUGUCAAUUUCAGCUAUUUAAUACUAUAUUUUAAAAAAU